GUCUUCUCUCCUCCACCCCUCAGAGAGACAGACUGGUGUAACUCCUGGCCUUCAUCACCUCCAUCAUCAUCCUCAGAGGAACACGGACAGGGAGCCCCCUGACCCUCGCCCCGCCGGGUCACCAUGGCAACGGUCAUCUGCACUCGUUUCACCGAAGAGUAUCAGCUGUACGAGGAGCUGGGCAAGGGAGCGUUUUCAGUGGUGCGCCGCUGUGUGAAAGUGCUGUCGGGUCAGGAGUACGCCGCCAAGAUCAUCAACACCAAAAAACUGUCUGCCAGAGAUCAUCAGAAGUUGGACCGUGAAGCUCGAAUCUGUCGUUUACUGAAACACCCCAACAUCGUUCGGCUCCAUGACAGUAUCUCAGAAGAAGCGCAUCAUUACCUCAUCUUUGACCUGGUGACAGGUGGAGAGUUAUUUGAAGAUAUUGUAGCCAGAGAAUAUUACAGUGAAGCCGACGCCAGUCACUGUAUCCAGCAGAUUUUGGAGGCGGUGCUACACUGUCACCAGAUGGGCGUGGUCCACAGAGACCUGAAGCCAGAGAACCUGCUGCUGGCCUCUAAGUCUAAAGGAGCAGCGGUGAAACUGGCCGACUUCGGCCUCGCCAUCGAGGUGGAGGGAGACCAGCAGGCGUGGUUCGGCUUUGCAGGGACUCCAGGUUAUCUGUCUCCAGAGGUUUUAAGGAAGGAUCCGUACGGGAAAGCAGUCGACCUCUGGGCUUGUGGUGUGAUUCUCUACAUCUUACUGGUCGGUUAUCCUCCAUUCUGGGAUGAAGAUCAACAUCGUCUCUACCAGCAGAUCAAAGCUGGAGCUUACGACUUUCCUUCUCCAGAGUGGGACACAGUGACUCCUGAAGCCAAAGAUCUCAUUAACAAGAUGUUAACCAUCAACCCAGCGAAACGCAUCACAGCUGCUGAAGCUCUGAAACACCCCUGGAUCUCUCAUCGCUCCACGGUGGCGUCCUGUAUGCACAGACAGGAAACAGUCGAAUGUCUGAAGAAGUUCAACGCCAGGAGGAAACUGAAGGGAGCCAUUCUGACGACCAUGCUGGCCACCAGAAACUUCUCCGGAGGAAAGAGUGGCAGCAACAAGAAGGCCGACGGAGUCAAGGAAUCAUCUGAGAGCACAAACACCACCAUAGAGGACGAAGACACCAGAGUGAGGAAACAGGACAUCAUUAAAGUCACUGAGCAGCUCAUUGAGGCGAUCAGCAAUGGAGACUUUGAGAGCUACACUAAAAUGUGCGACCCGGCUGUGACGGCGUUCGAACCCGAGGCUUUGGGAAACCUGGUCGAAGGCCUUGACUUCCACCGCUUUUAUUUUGAAAACUUAUGGUCUAAGAACAGUAAACCGGUCCACACCACCAUCUUGAACCCUCACAUCCACCUGGUCGGGGACGAGGCCGCCUGCAUCGCUUACAUCAGAGUGACGCAGUACAUCGACGCCAACGGCACGCCUCGCACCGCCCAAUCAGAGGAGACCCGGGUGUGGCACCGCCGUGACGGGAAGUGGCAGAUCGUCCACUUCCAUCGCUCAGGCUCCGCCUCCACACUCAGCAAUUAACUUCCAGAGUGGGCAGGUCUUUGAUGGGGCCACCAUCACCUUGACGACAGAUUGAUUGACAGCAGGCCGGGCGUCUGACACCAACCAUUCAGGAUUUAGUUUGAGACGUUUGACAAAGACAAAAUGGAGGAGGAGUCGGGGGCGGAGCCAGAGAGCUUCACUCAAACUAGUCCAGAAGUGAACUGCAUCAUCAAUCAAUCAGCCAAUCAGCUUCCUCUUUUUAGCUCGUUUGGACUUUUGCUGCGGCCACGCCCCUUUGUGAUUAGCCAAUCAGCUGCACAACGCAGGUAGUAAUAAUGUGUGGAAACCUCGUAUCUCCAGGACUGACAGCUGAUUCUACUGUGACUCAUUAAUUAGAGUUAAUUAACACGUUGUUAGGGAGUAAUUAAAUAAUUAAUGGCUCAUUAAUGACCAAUUUAAUGUGAUUUAAGUUCUAGGGGAUUUUGGUUCAUAUACAACCCAGAACCCAGAAUCUAGAACCCAGAACCUAGAACCCAGUGGAGGAGCUCUGAGGUGCGACCUGCUCUCUGGUCCUCUGGGAGACACGAGAUUUCCACCUGACAGUGAAGUUAAUUAUAUAGAAUAACAAAUAAAAUCAUAUUAUUGUAAAUGGAUGCCAGACGUUGCCAUGGUUACUAAUUAUGCUAUAGACCAGUUAUCUCGUGAUCACACUCCCCCUCCCCAGUUUAAAAAUUAUUAUUCAUAUUAGAUCAAUAAUAAUAAUUCAUAUAUUCUCAUGUAUGUUUCAUUCAAACGUUUCCUCCACAGUGAUUCAUAUUAAUACAAUUAUAACAGUAAUUAAAUAUAAAGUGAUCACAUCCAUUAAAUUAAUUUAAUUCAAAUAGUCUCAGUGUAACAAGACUGUGGUCGUGAAAUAUUCAAAGCUAUUUAAUGAUCAGUGACCUCAGCAGCUCUGGGCCUCCAUACAUGAUGUCACAGGGUCGACGUGACAUCACAGGGUCGACGUCGUGUUUAAUGUCGUACGAGCAGGAAGUGAUGAGAACACCGUACGACGCUCGUCUCUCUGCUUCCACAAACUUCCACCUGCGAUCUUCCAUGAACUGCCACACCUCCUCUCAGAUCACCUGACCCCCCCCCCACCACC